GAGUCAGCUGACUCCACCACAAACAGGAAGAGGAAGUCACAGUUCAUGAAAGUAGUCAUGUAAAAAUAGCUAACUCAUUUCAGUAUAUGUCUUAUAUUAUAAAAAGAGGCUUCUAACUCAAAAGAUGUUCGGCGGAGACGAUGAAGACGGAGACUUCUUGUCUCCCACAGGAGGGGCCAAGUUGGCCUCCCUGUUCGGACUAGACCAAGAAGCCAGUCAGGGGAACGAGUCGUUCCAGUACACGGCGCCGAAACAGCCCAGAAAGAGCUCAAAUCCAGCAACAGCUACCCAGAAACCCGCUGCACCACCUGGAGCUCCUGCAGUGUUAAUGGCCACAGCAGUCCAAGCCUUCAGAUAUAUUAACGGACAGUAUGUGAAGCAAGGAAAGCUGGGAGCAGCCGUUCUGGGCAACCACACAACAAAAGAGUACAAGCUGCUUCUAUACUUGAGCCAGCAGAAACAAGUGACCGCUGCCAAGAUUCACAUCGGCUUCAUUUUCACGGUACAACCAAACAAUUACUGCACUUUUUAUGAUGACCAGAGGCAGAACUGGUCCCUGAUGUUUGAAUCAGAGAAAGCUUCAUCAGACUUCUGCAAAGAGGUAUGUUUGGGGAAAGCGAACAGCGCCACCUCCUUGGAUACGGUGGUGGUUCAGGAGCUGAGUCUCGGGGAGGGCCAGGCUGUGGAGAACGGAGACUCUCUGGAGGUGGUGUACACAGGCUGGCUCCUGCAGAACCACACCAUCGGACAGAUCUUUGACUCCAACCAGAACAAAGACAAGCUGCUACGACUGAAAAUUGGAGCUGGAAAAGUGAUUAAGGGAUGGGAGGAAGGGAUGCUGGGGAUGAAGAAGGCUGGCCGUCGUCUCGUUAUUAUCCCACCCAACCUUGCCUACGGAUCCAAGGGAAUCCCCGACCGCGUCCCGGCUAACAGCACUCUUAUUUUUGAAGCAGAGCUUCGACGGGUGAAGUUUUCCAAGGACAGUGGGUCUGAUCGGGCCAGUGCCAGCUCCAGAGACUCAGCUGCUCCCUCCCCAGCUCCGUCCCCAGCCCCCAGCGUGGAGAAUCUGGCUCCAGAGCCCCCAGUACAGACGACUGUCUCGGGCCCAGGCAGACCAGGGGACCCACCGCUUCGUGCAAAGUCGAACUCUCUCAGUGAACAGCUGGCAAAUCCAGACGCCACAAAGGCCAAGCUCAUCUCUCGCAUGGCGAAGAUGGGUCAGCCCAUGUUGCCCUUCCUGACGGGAGUGGCGAGCCAGCCGGAAUCCAGUGACUCUGAGCUGGAGGACACCAGCGGUGGCAGAGCGAAGGAUCAGCCUGCUGCUCCGUCUCCAGUGCAGAUCUCUGCUGCUGCUCCAGGUUCAGCACAUGUUUCUCCCGCAGUACAUCCCCAUCCUCAAGCUGCUCCGCCUUCUGCCUUACUUCCUGUCAUGACCGCUGUUGCCCCACAGCCUGGGUUGCCAGGCAACACCCACGCCUUUCAGCCUUACUCCUACACACAGACCUCUGUGGCUCCAACUCAGCUGCAGCCUGUUGGCCAGGUGUACCCUGCACAAACUGUCCCCUACAUGGGCUCCAGCGAUGUGACUUCCUUCUUGAUGACCGAGGCCCGGCAGCACAAUACAGAGAUCCGGUUAUCUGUGGGAAAAGUAGCAGAUAAAGUGGAUCAGCUGGCCUCAAAGAUAGAUGACCUUCAAAGGCAGGGAAGUCUCUCCAUGAGUGUUCCUAGUAUGUCGAUGGAAACCUCCAUGAUCAUGCACAACAUCCAAAGAAUCAUCCAGGAGAAUGAAUGUUUAAAGAAGGAAGUCUUUGAGAAAAGCUCUCGUAUUGAGGAGCAAAACCGCAAGAUCGGUGAACUCAUUAAUCAGAACCAGAGGUACAUGGAGCAGAGCAACCUGCUUCUGGAGCAGAGGAACGACUCCCUCAAAUCCUCCAGUGAACAGAAUCAGGCCAGACUGCUGCAGGCCGAGCAGGACAAGGUCCGUCUGACGGAGGAUCUGGCUUCGUCCACGGCCCGGUUGUCUCAGCUACAGCUUGAAGCUUCUGCACAUCAGCAGAAGGCUGUGGAGCUGCAGACUAAACUGAACUCGGCGCUGCAGGACAGUGAGAGCCACUGCCAACGUAUCGCUGCCCUGCAAACACAGCUGGAAGAGCUGAAGGAGGCAGCAGAGAGAGCUCAGGCUCAGUACCGCUCAGAGAAGCAACAACGCAAAGAGAUGGAGCUGAGAGUCAACAACACGGAGGAGGAAGUGCAGGACCUGAAGACUGAUAAAGAGAGCCUGGAACGAACGCUUUCGGAGAGGAAGAGGAAGUGGCAGGCUGAGCGUCAGCGUCGGGACGAGGAGGUGGAAGAGCUCCGUAGGAGCAACCAGCAGGAGCUGGACAACCUCAGAGUUCAGCUUCGCAAAGCCAGGACCAGCACUGACAACGCCGCGUCUGAACAGUUGUGUCAGCUGCAGGCGGAGCUGGAGGAGGAGUGGAAGGGGAAGUGUGAGCAGGUGUUGGCUUCAGCUAAAGAGCAACAUGGCAGAGAGGUGGCUGAGCUGACGGAGCAGAGAGACGCUCUGCAGGAGAAGAUCACCCAGCUACAGGAAAAGUUUACGGUUCUCAAGCAGUCAAGAGAUUCAGAAGAACAGAGUUUGCUGCAACACCAGGGACAGACUGAGGAGCUGCGGGCGCUUCAGGAAAAAUACACAGCCCUGGAGCAGCAAGCAGCAGCUGUAAGGGAGAAACUGGAGAGAAGAGUGGCUGAACUGGAGAAGAAACUGACAGAGCAAGAGAACUCAGGAGAUACUGCAGCAGAGGUGAAGCGUGUGAUGAACGGUGUGUUUCAUUCUCUGCGAGGGGAGUUUGACCUCGGUGAAUCUUACAGUGGCCAGGCUGUGCUGGGGGUGAUUGUUAGCACCAUUAAGAAUGUAACUCUGCAGCUGCUCAGUGGCACAGAAAGAUCCUCACUGAGACCAAGUAAGAAGGUCGAGUUAGCAGAGGAAGAGGAGGAAGCAGAAAAUGACGAUGCAAAACAAAAAGAGGAGAAAUCUCCACAGAAUGUACAUGUGAAUGGAGAGAGAGGAGUGAGAGAGGAAGAAAAGGAGGAAGAGCACGAGGCCGAAUCAAAGUCUCACCAGCUCAGCGAGGCCCGUGCGCAUCAGGAAGUAGCAGCGGUGAAGGAGACAGAAACGGUUACUGAUUUAGAGACACAAAAGCAGUCUGAAGCUGUAGAGGCGACAGAUCCAGUUUCAUCCACUGAGUCAGAAGUACAGCAGGAGCAGGUAGAACGCUCUGUUCCUGAAACAUCUACAGAGACAAAAGACAGCAGUCAGUCUGCAGCUCCAGAGGAUGGACCUCAUGUGAGUUCACCAGCUGAGGUCAGACAGGAAACUCAGAAGGAGUCAGAAGGAAAUGAAUUGGACAAGGAGAGUGUGAAUAAUGGAGAGCAUCAAGAAGAAACAAAUUCUGCCUCUCAGAAACCCUUUGGACCCCCUGCUCACCCACCUCCACCACCAAAUGCACUUCAGAGCAGCGCAGGAGAGGACACGAGUCUGACUGGGGGAAUGGGUGAGGAAAAUGGAGAGGAGCCAUUUUUCCAGAGCACAACUCCUGCCAAACCCCCCGCACCGCCCAGCGAGGAGGAAGAGGAGGAUGAGCUGAGCUUGAAGGGGCGUCCACCACCAGCUCCACUGUUUGGUGAUGAUGAGGAAGAGGAGGAUCUAGACUGGCUGAACUGAGAUGCAACCAGAAUAUUUAAUUUCUGUGUCUAAAUGAUCGACACUAAAAACAGGCGUGUGGUGCUUUACCAGCUGUUGUUGUCCAGUGCAGCAGUGAAGAUGAUGAGAGAAGCCUCUGCUGAUGAACUUGAUUUGACAGAGCAGUCAGACAGCCCGGCUCUUCACCUCUGCACUGCCCUGCUGGCUCACAGCUGCUACCACAGCAUCCCGGAGAGCAAAACUACAAUCUCAAACUCUGAUUCUGGUUGAUUAAUACAAGCCUGUAAUUCACGGAGGAAUCUAAAGAAACGCUUAUCAUUAAUUAUUUGAUAUCUGUUGGCGACACGAUUUAAUCCCAAAUUUUUUACGUGGCACUGUAGCAGAUUAGUUUGUUGAAUCAGCAGUUAUCCUGUUGUCAGUGGUUUCAGACUAUGCCAUUACAUGGUUUUUAAUUAUUAGCUUGCUGCUUUAAGAGUAUAACUUUUAAACAAUUUUGCUAACUUGAAAUUCAUCCCAGGAAAUAAAUGACAUGAAAAAUGUGGCCUUUUAUCUCUCUCUUAUGUUUUGUUGUGUAUGUUGAAUCUGCUGUGUCUGCUGUAGUUCACAACUUUGUUAAGGCGAGCAUUUAUUAUGAGGUUAGUCCCAUAGUAGAUAUUUCAUGAACAAAUCAGCCUGGUGCUUUUGCAUAAAAUUGUCCUUAAAUUCUGUGUUUUGAAUUUAAUGUCAGUCUUUAGAUGAUCAAAUUAAGUAUGUUGGUUUGUCAGUUGAUAUUAUGUUGAAAUGAAUUAAUACUGAUUAAACAGUUUGUAAAAUAUG